AUGGCCCGGGUGGAGUCCAGCGAGGGGGGGGCGCGUGUUGAGGACCAGAGCCCGGGACCCCAGAGCCCGGGACCCCAGAGCCCGGGACCCCUGUCCCAGGACGCAGUGAAGAAGCUGAUCCAGCAGUCGCAAGAGGCGAAGCAGGCGGCCUACUGUCCCUACAGCAAGUUCAGGGUGGGAGCCGCUCUGCUGACGCUAGACGACUGUGUGAUUACAGGUUGCAAUGUGGAGAACGCGUGCUACAACCUGGGGAUAUGUGCUGAAAGGAACGCCAUCUCAAAGGCCGUGUCCCAAGGCUACAGGAGCUUCAAGGCCAUUGCAAUAGCCAGCGACCUGGAGGAGCAGUUCAUCUCCCCGUGUGGCGGCUGCAGGCAGUUCAUACGAGAGUUCGGGUCAAAGUGGGACGUGUACCUGUCGAAGCCCGACGGCUCGUACCUGAAGAUGAGCGUGGACGAGCUGCUUCCUGUCUCCUUCGGCCCUGAAGACCUGUCCAUGAAGAAAGUGUUGGCCAUUCCUCAUGAGGCCUGA